UGAGCGGUGAGACGGAGAGCGAGCGGGAGGCUAGGGGAAUAACCGCAACAAGUAGUCGUUUACAGUUAUAGUCAGUCCGUAUCGGGCGUUCGGUCAGCUGAGACACGCACGCGUCGCUCGCUCGCUCGCGGCUCACACAUUACUCCGUACACACGAUUAUUUUCGAGAGCCGAGAGCUGCUUCCUUUCGGCAAGUGCAUAACCACGGACGCAGACGCGGGCUCCUGCAGCAGCGCACGAGGAGAUUGCUACGAGUCAGUGCCGCAGCGCGUGUGAAUAAAAAGUAAACCAGCCACGAGAGAGAGAGAGAGAGAGAGAGAGAGAGAGAGAGAUCCGGAUCGAUAAGAGUGCUUCGUCGUCGUUCCUCAGAUUUUCGGAGUGAGCAAGAGACUCGGUGCAUCCGGAGUCUUCGCCGAGCCGACUCUUCAUCGGCUGCCGAGACCCGAGAAGAAUCAAGAGGAUCACUUGGACCGACGUUAUUUUAACGAUAUCGCCGACGCAGCGGACGGAUUUAGUGACUGUGACUGUGUGUUUUGUGAGGGGAAAAGAAAAAGUUUUCUCUCAAGACUCGAGUUUCGUCGACGAAGCACGACUUUGGAUGGAUGCUCUCCUGAGAUAAGUCGCGCAAAGCACGUCUCGGGAGACAUAGACAACGAGCAGUAAGUGUGUGAUAAUGCGAAAUUUGGAAAGGCUAUCAGGCAGCGAUCAGGACUCUGUCGAUCAGGAGAUGUACAUCGACCUGGACGACGCCUCCGUUGACUCGCUAACCGGCAAACGAGGUCGUCACCAUGUCGGCGCUGAGGUGGGCGACGAGAGCGACAGCAGCGGGAGCGAAAGGGGCCCGAAACGGGUGAAGCGACGGAGCCGGGGCGGCCCCCCGACCACUCGGAGACGAAAGAGCGGCAUUUCGGCGCGAGAACGAACCCUCAGGAGACUCGAGAGUAACGAACGCGAGAGGAUGAGGAUGCACUCGCUCAACGACGCCUUCGAGCAACUGCGAGAGGUGAUACCGCACGUGAAAAUGGAGAGGAAACUCAGCAAAAUCGAGACGCUCACGCUGGCCAAGAAUUACAUAAUGGCGCUGACGAACGUCAUAUGCGAGAUGCGCGGAGAGGAGCAGCCUUACACAUUCGUCGACGGCGAGUGCGGCUCGAGCAGCGGCGACAGCAGCACCGGCCAGCUGGAACUGAGCGGGGGCGACGAGCAGCCGGAGGAGGCAUCGCCGGCCUCGCUACACGAGACGAACAACAACAGCCUUCUGCACGAGGAUCUCGAGCGCAGGAUAUAAGCCGUUGGACAAGUGACUAGAUAGAGGAGAGAUAGAGAGAGAGAGAGAGAGAGAGAGAGAGAGAGAAUUAAAGAAAGUGCGAACACCCACAUUGGACUGGACUGCUCGAUUUCGGAACUUUAGCUUUAUGAUACGACUUACACGCAAAACGAGAGUGCAGUUGACUGAGAAGCUUGGUUGCUCGAGGGGGGGGGGGGGGCGGCGGAUCGUCGAAGAAGCAGCAGCAGCAGCAGCAGCAGCGGGGAAUGUUCUUCAGUGCAGUGUCGGAGUGAUUUGAAAAGGGGUACGACAAUACACACACACACACACACACUCACGCGCGCGCGAAGAGAUGGCGGCAGAGUGAAGAGAGGAGAGAGAGAGAGGAGUGCGCGCUAUAUUUUCCCUUUCUCCGCGCGCGCGUGAUCGGCUUUCACCGUCGUCUUGUAGUCCUCAGCCGGAUAUACUCCACACACACACACACACACACUCCUGUCUCUCUUUCACCUGGUGCGUGUUGCACACACACGCACACGACGCCUCGCGUCUGGGAUUUCUAGAACGCGAAUCGGGUAGAGUAGUAGAUCGUAUCCGCGCGAGGACGUCGCCGAGGAGGAGGAGGUGGAAUCACACAGACACACACACACACACGCGCACACACAGAGGAGCGAGAGCUCGCGCGAGCAACGAGGACGGAGGAAUUUCGCUAUAUAUUCUGCCGGACGAGAGCUAUGGGGGGCGAAACUGUGAUAGAAACCUCGUGCGUUGCUCAUUUUCGAUGAUUUAUGUAUGUACAUGUUGUUAUUACACACACGCACACACACACACACACAUGAGUGCUCGCGCCGUUCGAUAUGACAAUAUGUACACGCUAAGUUGUAUGCUAUUAUUAUUAAUAUUAUUAUUAUUAUUGCUACUAUUAUUGUAUGUUAUCGCUCCAUACAUGUCUCGCAUCUUACAUAGUCGAAGCUGCAAUAGACGUGCGACGACGAACGGCUCGAGUCGACACAUAUAUAAGUACUCCCUCACCGUUGCUCCGAUCACGUCCUCGCUCUCUUUCCAUACAAUACACACACACACACGCGAUUACGUUCUACAGCUGAAGGAGUCAUGCAAAUCCGAAUAUAUUAUAAAUAUACAUACCAUUUUAGAUUUUUAUGCUAUACAUGCCGUUUCGAUUGUUUUGGAGAUUUCAUCGAGUGCCGGGUAUAUGUAAUACAUUAAAUGCGCGUAUAUAUUGAGGGCAAAUAAUCGGCGGCGAUUUUCGUGUGAUAUACUUUCGGAAACCACGUGCGAAGAGGUGCGAAACGACUGAUACAUGUACGGGAGCGUCACAGUAGGUACAAAUGUAAAUGCAACAGAAAAAAAGCGUAAAAACCCGUCCAAAAAGCUUGCAAAAAAAAUUGAAAAAAUAUGCUGCUGCAGCGAGGAAUAUAAUCAAAAUUGUCGAUGAAAAAGUACGUAGAUGUAGAGAGGGAGAGAGAGAGAGAGAGAGGAGCGAGCGAAAAGAAAACUUUGCAAAUUUUCGCAACUUCCGAUACCAAGCGUCGCCGCCGAUUUUCCAACUGUACUAUAUACAUGAAUAUCAGUGGAUAUUUUUGAAGGAUCCCUUAUUGAUAUAUAUACACACACACACACACAAAUUCUACGAUAUAUACCUAUAAGAGAGACAGACAGCUGAUAAAUAUAUAUGGUGUACACGCGUUAUAUUGACAUUCCACGAGAGGACAUGGCGAAGCUCGCGCGAUAAUCCUCGAUACCCGCGCGCGCACACACACGCAUCAUCGUCAUCAUCACCCCCAUCAGCGUCCCCGUCACAAUCGUCAUCGUCAUAAUCAUCGCUGAGCAGCAGAAGCUCAGAGUCGGAUUCAGGCUGCUCUCCUCGCCUUUAUCCAAGCAGGUAUAUAACGGUUCCGGCCCCGAAAUGCGCUGCGCGGCGGCGACUUCGGCGUCAAUGAACUUGCUCGAGAGUUUAUAGUACAUAUAUAUAUACAUAUAUAUAUAUACACACACGGCGCGCGUGAGAGAGCCUGCUGAAAAAGAAUGCGGGCGAACGAGUACGCGGCGUAUCGUGUGUCGCCCUGCGUAUGUGUUGUACCUAUAUACGCAACGCACCGUCGAAUUUUCGCCAAAUCGCGCACGAUGCGUCGCCUGCACUCCAGAGAUAUACGUGUAUAUUUUUUUCGGGUCUUCGUCGUCUCUUUCAUUUCUCGAUUUUUCGCGGACACGCGCAAACAGCAGCGAAACGAGAGUUGCAUUUACAGAGGGAAACAUAGCGUCCAUAUACAUUUUUAUUGCAUAUACAUAUACGAUGUUACGAUACACAUAUAUAUGUAAAUCCGAAUGAUAUCGAGAGUAGAUUUGGCGCGCGAGCUUGCAAGUACGACGAUAUAAUGAUGCAUGUACACACCCACAAGUAGAUAACAUUGACUAUUAUUAUUGCUAUUAUUAUUAUAGAGAGAUAUAUGAAUAUAUAUGUAUCGGAUUGGUGAACGGUUAGGCUGGUCUCGCGUUGAGAUUCAACGUAGGCCCUUGAAUAUAGAAACGGAAUAAAAUAUUGCGCGCGAGAUACUAUUUUUGAUCGAUCGUCGAAUCGAAUCUCAACUUAGUGGAGCGCAUGGAUUUUUGUGAUUGAUGAAAAUUAUGCUUAAAAUAUCGGAAUAUAAUGAAAGUUGAUAUACUGGAUACCGGAACUGGGUCAUGAUAUUUUAAGGAUAACUUUCAGUGCUUCUUUUUUUUUCUUUUGUUUGAUAAAGGCAUAAGUGCAUUAUUGAAUUUUUAGUUUAAAAUUUUAAGAGAGAGUUUAUUAUUAUAAAUACGCAGCGAUUUACAGGAGAUACUGUAGCAAAUAAUAUAUACAUCCGAGAAAAUAUAUUAAAAAAAACGAUAUGAUUAAAUAUCAAACAUAUAGAUAUAUAUAUAUAUUUUAAAGAAAUUUUUUUAUUGCGACGAUAUUUGUAUAUUAUGAAUAUUAUAAAUUUUGUAUGAAAACAAAAAAAAACGAAACGCAUUUCCGUACAAAUAGAACGAUUAACGAGAGCAGAAUCUGUUUGAAGAAAAAAAAAGCAUCGGUGCAUGAUCGGAAAAGCAAAAUUACGCAGCAGCACAAUGUAACGAGGAAAAAUUAUUUUUCAAACGCAAUCGGGAAUUCCAAUAAAGUAAUCGAUGUCUAGCUUCGGUGCUUAGUUACCAAGACUCGAGCAGAAUAAUGUACUUCAUGAACGAACAUAAACAUUCUGACGCGUCUUUCAACUUGUAAAAAGACAAAUAUAUGCCAUCGAGACGUGAAAUUAUGAAAAAGCAUGUGAAUAUAGAGAUAAAAUUUUUCAUAUUUUUAUACUUGUAAAAAAGAAACGACGUAUAUAUCGAUUAAGGGUAGAAGAGAAAAUUGUCGAGCGAUGCUUUUCUAUGACGGAAAUGAAAAAAAAAUCAGUUGUACGAAUUGAAACGACAAUUUGUAAUAGCUAAAGAGUUUCGAGUAUGGAUAUUAUUAGUGAUAUUUAUGACUAAUACACGAGCGAGAUGUUGUAUGCCCUCGUGCUUGAAAAUUAUUUCGGGGUUAAGAUUUUAAAUUAUUUUGCACUUUUGCGACCGUACUACAUCUGUAUAAACACAGCAUUCAGAAUCUAAAGAAAAAUUGACUGUUGUACAUCAUACCGAGGAGAGGAAAAACCCUUACAUUGAUAAUAAAAACGUGCAAUUUUGUUUAUCUUUCUUGUUUUCUUUUUUCGUUUAUAGAACUAUCUCACUAUGUCAGAGGAAUAGCCUUUAUUCCAACACUUUGCGCAUAAUCUAUAUGUAAAUUCUAAUGUCUGUCAACGAAACGAUAAAGCUUCGAUUGUCACGUGUAAAUGUUUGUAUACUUUAUUGUUUGUCAGCCACGAAACUAAACUGUUUAUUCUCAACCUUAUAUCUGUUAAUGCUUCAUUUUAUCGCACGCGCGCACAGCUCUUUUUCCGCGAAUGAGAGAGUGCCUAAUUUUGUAGAAAUAAGUCGAUAAAACGAAGAGAAAAAUAUAUUGCAAUACUCAUUUCUACCAAGUUAGAUAUCUUUCACGCUCGCUUGCCUUCCAGUCGCACGUCGCAUCGCACGCAAUACAAAGAGCCAUUCGACGAGCGGAAAAACGUCGACACACCUUUAUAAAGAAAUUCGAUUCUCUCAUAAUGCAAGAAUUCAACUCUUGCAUAUGCGUAUAGAAGAGAGAUUCGAGAUGAAACAUCGCAACAUAAGGCAAAACGUUUGGUAGUUUUCUUGUCCCGCAACCGUAGUACAGCGGACGUCGUCAAUCACACGGAUGCAAUUGCUUCCAGUAGACGUAAACAGACGUCGAAAUUGAAAAGCCGAUGCGGGAAAAUUAAUCAAGCGCGCGACAAUGCAACUAUUAUACACGCGUAUUAUCAUCGGGAUUCCUCGCUCGUAGGAGAGCAGGCAGUGGCAACACCUGCAGCGCGCGCAAAACAAGCCUCGAGGCCAGCAAUUUAUAAUCGCGAGCUACUCCUGACAUUUUAUAUACUCGAGAGAAUCGGGAGAGAGAGAGAGAGAGAGAGAGCCUCUCUCCGCUCGGGGAGUGUCGGCUUCUCUUCCGAGGCGCGGGUAUCGUUUUUCGAGCCGGUGUGGAGAGAAGAAGCGAGGACGAGUUCGUUGACCGAUUUUUCCUUCACUCGCGCGAAAAACGAUCGUCUGGUUCGUACUUAUUUCCUCAUUCGUCCAGUGACUUACAUAUUGUACACACACACAUGCUAUGCGACUCACAUACACAACACGCGUGAAUUGUAACGUUUUUAUUUAUUGUGUAUUCGUAUAGAGUAAGUACAAUAUUGAAACGUGGCGUUUGUUCAUCGAAGGGCCUCGUCGCUGUUCCACGAAUAUAAGUGGCCAUGAUAACUGUCGCAGUUUCGUAUACGAUUAAGCGGGAUUUUUCGAGGUCGAGCGAGAGAGAGCCACGAUUAUUUGUUUUUUAGGUCGUCGGCUUUGCGCGUAGUUUAUUUAUUGUGAACAUUCAAAGUUAUCAGCCUGUCUUUUUUGUUAUUCCGCUCGAUUGUUGCUCGACGCAAACGUAAACAUGCGGGACACAUGCGCAAGCUCGAUAAACGUCGGCGACGACUUUGUAGUUUUUUUUCCAAGCGAAUCCACCGAAAAAUGCCACGUGUACGUUUGCGAGUUGCAAAAUUGAAAUCGAGAGCUUCGUCGAUACUGUAAACCCGGACGAUAUAGCGCGAUACGGAAAUCGUCGACGGGUGAAAAUUUCCUCGACGUGCAAACGACCGCGAAAUUUCGUACAUAAGCGAGUGAAAGCGGACAUGUAUGCGAAUAUACAAGCGCGCGCAAAAAAGAAACGCAUGUAUACAACGUACGCACGCUUAGUACGUUGCAGUAGUGUAUGUGUGUGUUUGCACUGAUAUUGUAUACUCGUUUGUAAAAAGCUACGGCCUCAAAGUAAAAUUCUAACGGAUUAUGUAAGACUGCUGUAUACGAGUACAUUAUAUAGCGUUGCGGUUCUUAUCGAAGCCGGCUUGUGCGCCUGCGAGUCGUUCUUUUUAAUUGUAUACAUGAAUAUGUAAAGAAAGCUCAACUACUCGGAUGACUGACCCGAGAGAGAGAGAGAGAGAGAGAGAGAGAGAGAGAGAGAGAGAGAGAGAGGCGUCGUUUUUUGUCCUACUCUUGCGCCCGCUUUGAGUAUGCGCGCGGAAAGGUGUUUUCAUCCGCAUUCUUGCAGACGUUUCAAUUUUGAGAGCGACUCGACGCUCGACUUUACUCGGAAACGAUGAUCGAGUAUACGAUAUAUGCGUAAUUCUAAAUUGAAUUGAUGCCAGCGCUGCGCUGUGCACACGAACGAAACGCGUCAUUUUAAUUGCGAGCCGAAUUAGCUCAUUCCAUUUUGUAAUUGUACAGCGCGUCGACGCGAGGUCGAAGCAUCGCGUUAUGUGUGAAUGGAUUCUCGUAACGAUAACGACAAUAAGAAAAACAUUCAAAUGUGUCAAAAAUUUUCAAAGUUCCCACGACGCUACGAAAUAGACGCAUGAGACACGAUCUCGAGUAUCGAGUGGAAUCGAAGCUUCUCAUUAAAAAAAAAAAAAAAAAAAGAAAAUAUCGUCUUUUCAAUGCGGUUCUCUUGUACUGAUUGGCAAUUUCCUUCUCUCUAUCGUCUCGAGAUCGCGAGUCACGCGACUGAUUCUUUUUCGAGCGCACAAUUAAUAUUCGACUUUAUUGUAGAGCGAUAAAAUGAUAAAAGCCCGUAGCCGAAGGUCGAAUCGUCGCGAGCGCGCUUGAAAGCCUCGGUGAAUAGAGCGCGCGGGAAUAAAUUUACAUAUAUUCAAUUAUUGGUUGAUGCGAGCGAGAGAAAGAAAAAAAAUAGAUAUGUUGGACGCUUGUUCUUUUUUUUCCUCAUCUUGUGUUACAUAUUAUAUAGGGUUUAAAUUAUUUCGUGCGCUUCACAUCUCUUCAUUAUCAGCUUGUUUUCUAUAAGGAGGAAGACGACAUAUUCCUAUGAUAAUCUAAGUACAUUACAAUAUACAAAGUUCAUCGUAAACUGUUGCUUAAUAAAGUGCAAAAUGUUUUUUCUUUAA